CAAAGAUGCUGCUUGCAAUGGCUUUUGAAUGUCAACCCGGCACACUGGAUUCGAAUGAGGACGUCCACUUCAGCGGUAAUGCUCUCGGUGUGUGGCAUGAUAACAUCUCUUGCACAGAAGGAAAUUGAAGCCUGCUCCAGGCAAGUAUCGGGUGAAAAUUGCUGAUAUUCUACUAAUGGAGGCCUGGUCAGGCAUGGCGUUUGUCAAAAGAUCGGGCCGCAGAACCACAGCAUGCUGGCCUGCUUGAGACUUUUGAACUUGUCAGAUCCAGCUUGCCGGAGCGGCCUUUUGCACGCAGCCAGCAGAGCGUGCUGUGAAUCUUAUUGCUCUUCCUGUAGUGUUCUCCCAGCACUUAAUCUGGAUCCGGCUUGCUCAGUGGAGCAUAUUCUGCGAUUAUCUCCUCCUUGCUCUCAGUCUAGUCCCCCUUGCGUUCUUGUGCAUCACUUCGUGGGUCAGAUAGUUGAGAAGAAUACAAGCGACAGACAAGCUCAACGCGAGGAAGCCAACCCAGAAGCAGCUUCACCAGGUCCAGAGGCUUCAGAGGCUUCUGUAGUGUCAGAUUUGCUUCUUCCACUACUUGGUGGCUUCGCUGUAUCUGGCUGCAGUCUCACCCUCCUUUGCUCAAUGUUGUACUAUUGCGCAAUACAAAGAGCUCCAUAGCCUUCACCAUCCCCAACAUCGCCAACGACCAAGUCUUGCAUUGGAAAAAAGCCAAAGAAUUUGAAGCCCAAACGAAAAGGCAGAGCGAAGGCAAAGCCAAAGCAGAAACUUCAGUUGCCCAUGAGUUAUUUGCCAGAUUUGGUGAACUUGCAGGAGGCGUUUGAUUCAAACGCUCCGGCAGUCACAGCAGAAUUGGACGCGUCGGAAUUGGGGAAGACGAUAUUUGGGCCAGCACCAGCGCAGAGGCAGUCCACCACGACUUUGCGAACAGUAUGGCAGAUGCUUCAGCAUCGCCUGAGGUGCAGUCGCAAAUGGCUGACUACGUCGUCAUGGAGGACGGCCAUCGCCCAAAUCAGCGCGUGUUGAGCUUUUGAAAAUCAAAACAAAAUGCGUUCUCUCACACCCAUAGAUAAUCUUGUUCCAUUUCCAUGCAAUCAAAGCCGGAUGACAGAACGAGUUGAAUGGCAC